AUGAAAUUAUUAGAAAAUUCGAAUCUGGAUGCUAUUAGUUCCACUCUAUCUUUUGAAACACCUGCUUGUGAUAUCAUAACUCGUGUGGAAAGUUAUUCAUGUAAAAUGGCCGGUGAUCCAAAAAAAUUAUAUAAACAAUUACGAAAUGAACCUGGCACAUCACCACAUGAUCUUGAAAUUCUUGGUCCAUCACAAACUCAAUCACCUGUAUAUAAUUAUAGUUUAUUAAAUUCUCCAAUACAAAUCAUACAUACAAAUCCAAUGGCUCGAUCAAUAUCAAGUGAUGAUGAAUCGCCCUUAAAUAAAACAAUACCACGAAAAACUCUUAUUUUUCUUAUAUCAACAUUAAAUGCAUCAUUUCAACCAGAUUAUGAAUUUAGUUCUUGUACAAGUCAAGAUUUUAGUCGAGAGACUAAUUUAGAGUUGGUUAAAAAUGCUGUUGAUUCACGAUUCAUAUCAGUUAUGGGUGAUUAUUAUCGAUCGUUGUCAUCAAAAUUAUGGUCAGUAAUUGAUGAAGAAAUCAAUAUAAAAGAAAGUGAAAUAUUUAGUUAUCGUCCUGAUGGAACAUCGGAUCCAUUUUCUGAAAGUGGAAUUAUUUGGUCAUUUAAUUUCUUUUUUCAUAAUAAAAAACUUCGUCGUGUUCUUUUCCUUACAUGUCGAGCAGAUUGUAAAACAUCAAAUGAUGGCGACAAUGAAGAAGAUGAACCGUUAGAAUUGAAUAAUUAUGUGACAUUUGAAGGUGUUAUGGAUUAA